AGAAGCUAGAGGAGUUUUGGGCCUAUAAGGCUCUUCUCUCAGAGCUGACUCGUAGAUUGACUUAUUCCACUCAUGGAGCAUCGUGCUAAGCAGCUGUAUAAUGCUGGUUACAAGACACUGGCACAUCUUGCCAACGCAGAUCCACAAAUUCUGGUCCAAACUAUUGAAAACCUCUUCAAAAGACAAGCAAAUCAAAUUAUUGCAUCAGCAAAAAUGUUAAUAAAAGAGAAAGCAGAAGCCUUGCAGGAGGAGGUUGAUAACCUGCUUACGCUUCCACCUGAUCUCCCAUCUUUGUAAAUUUGUGUUUAUUUUUAUUUAUAUGAUGUAGCUACAUAGACAUGCAUAUUAUUUAAUAAUCCGCCUGGCAUUAUGUUAACUAUUUUGUGCCUACAUGUCUGGCUGAAAUAAAAAUGGAAGUAACCUCUUUUUAGUAGCAUCUGUUACUCAUUUCCAUGAUCAUCAUGUGUUAUUUUGUGUCAUAAAUACUUUAUAACCAGUCAGCCACAAAGGAGAAACAAAUUCCAGCGCUGCCUUUGAUGUUGUGAGUUCCAGUCAUAGACUAUUAAACGGUUUCAGCCAAUCAAAAAAAAAAAAAAAA